UUACUAUACGCUGAUCGCGUCGCGAGAGUGUCAGUCCGGUUAUCGCGAGCGUUAAAGGCCGAAAGCCGCUUCUGUUAAUCCCGCUAACAACAAGUCGUGAUUUACGCAGCGAUACAUCAAUCAUGCGACUGCAAUUCGGGUAUCUACUAAGUCUCUCAAUCACGCUGGUUUUUAUAAAAGAAGGUAUCUGCACCAUAACAACACAAAGACCCACGCAGAAUAUUUCUCCACGAAACUUUUCUUCACCCGAAGAUGAAGAGGAUUUCGUGCCCUAUCAGGGCGAGCGCUUUACCGUAUUUGAUUGGAGAUUGUUCAAGAGUCUGAGCCAGGCAAAUGAGGGAAAUGUGCUAUUGUCACCGAUAUCCAUAAAACUUGCACUGGUGCUUCUAUACGAAGGAGCUCAGGAUCAAACCGCGCAUGAACUUGCUGGAGUCUUGCAGCUUCCGGUCAGCGUGCUGGCUACUCGGGAAAAGUUCAACAGUAUUAUAAACUCUUUACUGACCCCUUCUCCUGCGUAUACUUUAAAUCUCGGAUCUCGCAUUUAUAUCGACAAUAAUGUACUGACCAGGCAACGUUACAGUGCGACAAUAAAAACUUUUUAUAACACCGAUGUGGUCAAUGCAAAUAUGUCCGACACGCAUAUUAUCGCGAAUGACGUUAAUUUGUGGGUCAGUAACAUCACAGAUGGACACAUCGAAAAAAUGAUAGACGAUGAGAAAAACUUGCAAGAUUCGGUGAUGCUGAUCAUGAAUGCGCUGUUAUUCAAAGGUGUCUGGCGUCGCAAGUAUUUCGCGCCCGAGAACACCCGCGUCACCAAAUUUCACAUUAACGAAAACAACAGUGUUAACGUACCGUUUAUGCACACCGUAGAUCGAUUUUAUUACGCCGAAUCUUCUAAGUUCGACGCGAAAAUUCUGCGGAUUCCGUAUGACGGCUCGAAAUUCGCCAUGUAUAUUAUAUUGCCGUACACGCUGAACGGUGUGGAUCACAUCGUUAGCGAGAUCAAUCCGUUCUCAUUAGGGAGGGACGUAUGGGCCAUGCAAGAAUUGCCUCUUGACGUUUGGAUCCCGAAAUUCAAGUUCGAGUUUACGAGCCAUCUGGAGAAUACCUUGCGCCAGCUUGGUAUUCGUGAUAUCUUCGAUGACACUGCGCUACUGACGGGUAUUGCAAAAACGAGGCGGACUUCCAAGCAUCUGCGGGUAUCCGAUAUAGUGCACAAGACUGGAAUAGAGGUGAACGAGAACGGGACAAUCGCUUAUGCUGCUACCGAGGUGCAAGUCGGAAAUAAAAUGGAGGAAGGCACUUUCCACGCCAAUCAUCCAUUUGUAUUUUACAUCGAGGACGAGACCACCGGCACCAUUCUUUACAUGGGCAAAGUGAAGGAUCCUCUGAACACAUCCGGAACAACGGGAAAAAUGAAGGAAUUGCCGUCGCGAUUUCACCAAGAUUUACCAACAAUGACACCUGUUGCUCUACCUGCAACCAGUACCGAAGACCGAUAUUACUUCUUCAACAUUGAUCUCCUGCAGAGAGUGAACGAGGAUGUCGAAGGUAAUCUAGUACUGUCUCCCUCCAGCGCAAAAGUCGCUCUUAUGAGUUUAGUGGAAGGCACAGGCGGCCGAACACGUCAAGAGCUUCUUGCAGCUUUGAGAUUACCACCACAGGAGUACACUAUCAGAAGAAUAUCGAGACUCACUCUCAUGUCUCUAAAAAAUUACCAGAAUGGCACGGAGUCCGAUGUGGCAACUCGCGUAUGGAUCAAUCCGACUCUCGCAGCGUCUGAAAACUACAUGAACGCAUUGCACGAUCAUUACGGAACUGAUAUUCAACAGAUCAAUUUCGGAAACGCAAACGCGGCAAACGCGAUCAACGAUUGGGUACGCGAACACACGCGGAAUAACAUCAACUCGAUCGUUCAACCUGGCACUCUUCAGACUGACACCCAGUUACUUAUAACUUCGGCGUUGUACUUCAAAGGGCGAUGGCUAAAAUCUUUCGACAAACACGCCACGCGUAUGCGGUGCUUCUAUGUUCCAGAACGCGGCUGCCAGGAUGUUCCUCUGAUGGAGAACACCGAUAGAUAUCGACACGGUUACAUAGCUUCCCUCGACACUAAUGUGGUGGAAAUCCCGUACUCGAAUGGCAGGACGUCGAUGCUGAUAUUCCUUCCGAAUCAGGAAGAGAACGAUCCAUACCUUCAGGUCUUAUCCAAGGACCUGUCGUACGUGCCAAUGAGAACGUUGCUGAAUAGUCUGAACGAAAGUGAACUGAUACUCGUCAUUCCGCGAUUUAGCAUCGAGAGCAAACUGGAUUUGCGCUCACCUUUGACGCGCAUGGGCGUAGUGGACAUUUUCACUGGAGCAGCGAAUUUCACAGGCAUUGGACAAAAUGAUCACUUGCGGAUAGGAAAUAUCAUUCAGAAUGCGAAAAUAGAAGUCGACGAAGAGGGAACCAUCGCUGCCGCUGUCACACAACUCGCGGUCAUACCUCUUAUAGCUAGCACGACGCCGACUUUCGUAGCCAACAGACCGUUCAUAUUCGCCAUCGUCGACUUAGCAACGAGCGAAACCCUGUUUGUCGGUCGUUACAUGGGUCCUGCUGCUAGCAACUCCAGGAGCGUUUAGAAAUAAGCUGCUACGUUUGAAUCAUUAUUGUUUUUAUAAAACAACGCUCAUGAUAGAAUCGUUAUCGUCAUUUGUGUGUAUAUAAUAUCGCUUUACGACACAAAGACGUUUCUCUGUUUUCGGUUUUAACUACAGAAUGAAUAGUUUUACGCUUUUAUACCGGAAGCUUGGGGCCUCACGCUUUGAAAGCGGAGCAAUCAACUUGUAUAUUAUUUAAGUAUUUUACAUAAAGAUAUGGAUAUUCACUUAAAA